AUGGAGCGUUUUCCACAUAAAAUUGCUGCAGCUGUCUUUGUUACUGCCGUCAUGCCCCUCAGUGGAACGACUCUCCCUAAGUUGUUGAAGGAGAUCGUAUCCGUAAUCGGAGGCUUAGGAGACUCUACAUUUUACUAUGCAAAUGGGAAAGAGAAUCCAGCAACAUCCUUCAAGUUUGGCACCCAGUUUGCGCGAGAAUUUUUAUCACAGAACAGUCCUUCUUGGGAUCUGACGUUGUGGGAGUCGCCGGAAAAGAAAUGUCCAAUAUGGCAAGAACCUCUUUUGUAUACAGCUAAAAACUAUGGAAGUGUUAGGAGAAUAUUUGUUGUGUCGAAGGUGGAUAAGGUUAUUGUGGAGGCGUUCCAGAGAAAGAUGAUUGCAGAGAAUCCUCCACAAAUGGUAUACGAAAUUGAAGGAUCUGAUCACACCGUAUUCUUCUCUAUGCCUCUUCAACUGGCUGAGGUGCUCAUGAAAAUUGCUAAUACGAGUGUGAAAGUGAAGCAAUCAGCUGCAGAUGGAUUUUAG